CUCACGUUGCCGUUGCCACACUAACCCCCCUACCGUGCGUUCGGAAGGCACGCACGCACGUCAGUUGACAUCCUGCUGCCGAAAUCGCACGUCCUACCACUACCCACCGUCCUCGUCCGCGUGUGGACGAACGGACCACGACGACGGCGACGACGAGCACGACCACGAGGACGUUUCCCGCGAACGUUGCGCCGUGCGAUCAUGUGACGGGCGGCGAUCUCGCACCAAGAAUCUUCCAGCCUGUGUCCCCGCGGGGAAAAAAAGGGGGGCGAGCUCGGGAGAGUUCAGCUGGAGAGAGCACGUGGGCACGUCCGUUCCUCCGGGGUAGUCGAGCCGCGACUUCGGUUACGUUCCACGCGUCAUGCCACGUCGACGUGUCGCGCCGUCCGGUCGACAGUGACGUCGAAGCGAAUGAACACGGUCGUCUGGAAAAAGGUCGUGGAGGAAAAAGAAACGAAUGAAUCCCGCGGGAGUCGACGGAGAUGCCGAAGUGCGAUCAGUGCUUUCGGACAGUAGUUCCGGACGAUAGACGAUAGUGGUGAAUCCGAGAUCGAGGAUCGAGUAAUUAAACGGGCCAGAAGCGUCCCCGGCGACCUUGACUCACUCGUGGAAAUGUGACUUCCGUAACGACCACGCAGUCCCACGCGCGGAUUUCCAAAUGGAACGUACGUGACGACCUUGCCAGGCGGUGAGCACUCGAGUGACAGCAGAGAUGAGCGCAGUAAUGUCUUUCGGUAAUAGUACGAGGAGGAAGUCGCCUGAGCCCUGUGUACUAAUUUAAAAGCCAUCUUCGCGGUCGUACUAGUCAUAGUUUCAAGAACGUCGAACCCGAUCCUAAGACUGUUGUCAAGUUGUUCGUUUCCUUUCUCGCUUGAAGAUCCGCUUCGCGAACAGUCGUGACAGUCCGCGGGCCAAGCAGCCGUGCUAUGUUCCCCUCGUCAGCGGCGAUGCUGAAGAAUCUGCAGCAGAGUGCAAUGACCUCGCCCUUCCUGAUGGAGAACUUGCUCCAGAGCAAGACGUCGCCGGGCGCAGAUCUCACCAGCCUGACCUUGAACUGGGCGGCGAGUUUAGUGGCGCGACAGCGAGAGCGAGAAUGUGAAGCGAAUCUGAGGAUCGCGCGGGACCGCGCGUCGCCGAGUGAGCUCGCGUCCUCGCAAGACCAGCAACAGCAGCACCUAGAGCAGCGCUCCUCGGGCGCGAUGGGCCCACGCGAUCGCUCGUCAGGCAUGAUGAUCGACUGCGGCCGCGAUCAGCAGCAGAGAUCGUCCGGCGCCGUGGUGGCCGGCAGGUCCGCCGCGGAGCGGCUCCAGCACGAUCGGAUACAACUGCUACAGCAGCAACAGCAGCAGCAACGCGGCGACAAGGACACGCUGGAGCGGAGCCAAGGCGUGUACGUGGAUCUGGAGAACGAGAGGCUCGAGGGCCACGUAGUGGUCGAUCGGCUGUGCGCGAUGGAGAGGCUCUGCAACGAGAGGAUCGACAAUCGGUCCAACUCUGGCGUGGAGUCGUGCAACUCGAACGUGGACGAGGACCCGAUGCCGGGCGAGCUGGAGGCCGGUCUUCCAGCCGAGAGGGACGAGCUGGUGCUGGGCGAGCGGGUCUCCGCGAUCGAGAUAGACAGACGGUACGACCUUGGAUGCAGAAACGUCAUGCACACGUCCGACGAGAUGACGAUCACGGGGGAGAGGGAGACGGCGGCGGUGGCGGCGGCGGCAGCGGCGGCGGCGGCGGCGGCGGUCGAGCGUGCCGUCGACAGAAUAGGCGAGAGGACCGUCGCCGCUUGCUCCUGUGGCGACGAGCAGUGCUCAGGACCCGCUUGCAGAACCAUCCAGGAGAAAGAGAAGCCGCAGCUCAAGUUCAGCGUGAGCGCCAUACUCGGCGGCAACCACGACAGGAGGCCGCAUCCCGACAACUUCCAAGGACUCCCGCCGGAAGCGAUACCCGCCUUUCUGCAAAACCUGCAGAACUCGGCGGGCUACAAUAUCGCCAAGCCGAUCGCGCGACCGGCGGCUUAUCACCCUUAUCACAGGCCAAGUCAUCAGCCACCUCAGCGACACUUGCCGCCGAACGCCCAUCACACGCUGCAGCAACUGUUCUACAGAGGCCCAUACCUGACAGUCGCUAGCUCCGGCACCGGAGGUCACCAUCCCGGCACACCUGGCGGAGGCGCCGUGUUUCCGGGCGCCAUUCAGGGCAGUAUCGGCGACUUCUCCGGCACCGGUCUGGUUUUCCCAUGGGCGACGAACGCACGCGGUAAGCCGCGCCGGGGGAUGAUGAGGCGAGCCGUUUUCUCGGAUCUCCAGCGACGUGGCCUCGAGAAGAGGUUCCAGCUGCAGAAAUACAUCAGCAAGCCGGACCGUAAGAAGCUCGCCGAGAAACUGGGCCUCAAGGACUCGCAAGUGAAGAUCUGGUUCCAGAAUCGACGUAUGAAGUGGAGGAACAGCAAGGAACGGGAGCUGCUGGCGACCGGCGGUUCGCGCGAGCAAACGUUACCGAACAAGAACAACCCGAAUCCGGAUCUGAGCGACGCCGACGGCGAUAGGCCGAGGAUGGACCUGAGUGACGUCAGUCCGCUCACGAGCCCUCAGAGGCCCGAGGAGCACACGGAGAACGAGGAGGACGAGGAGAUCAACGUCACGUGAUAAAGCAACAUCGCUCUGUACGGCGUAUGACUUCCGUGCGUCUUGACGAAAAAUAGUAGACAAUUCUUAAUUCAGGAGGCAGACCCAAAUGCAUGUAUAUGUACCGGCUGGACCAAAAAAAAGUAAAGAAAUUAAAAGAAAAGUCAGAUGUAAUGUAAAGCGGAUUUGCCAGUAGGGACGCUCGAACAGAUCGAACAGAAAAAAGAAAGUGCUAGCUUACUUCGAUCGUUUGAUACGUACAUAUUAAAUAAUGACAUCUUUAUUAUUAUUUUAAAUCGUCUUGAUGUUGACGAUGCACGCGAACAGUGUGCAAUUACGUAAGAAGACAUGUCGUGUCAAUUAAAUUCACUAUUGUUUGCACGUAACGCCGAGAGAUUAAGAUAAUUUAAUAGGAAGUUAUUAGUUGGAAGGGGGCAUGCAUAUUAACACUACACACAGAAAAAGAUCAUCUUACUGCUGAGAGAAGCGGAGAAAAAAGAACACUUUUGUUUUGAAAAUAUUUUAAUUUUUUACAAUAAUUUCUUUAAAUAUUUUCGUUUUUUUAUAAAUCGUAAAAUGAGAUUACAUAGCGUUAAACGAAGGUAAGCAUACAAUACAUUUCAUUUUGUAUAUGAAAUAUAUAUUUUAGGUAUGAUAUAUAUAUUUUCUUUAUAACGAAGAAAAAUAUAUAAAUAAUUUUUAUGAAUGGGAAGCACAAAAAAUAUUGGAUUGAGAAUAUAACGUUUUUAAAUGUCGGAAGAAGAUACUAUUGUCAUCCAAAUAAUCAUAUUGCACUUCUUAUAAGACUAUUAUGAUAUUCGAAUCAAACUAUAACAUUGUUGAAAUUCAAAAUUUUAAAAUUCCUAUAAACAAAAUUAUAUAUCGUUGCUCAUAUAUGAAACAAUUAUUGUUAAUUUGAGUAUAUCAGUUCUAAGUAGAUAUUAAUUUUUUUUCUAUGCAAUCUAUUUCUAUAUUCUAUUUUUCUAUUUCUAUGUUCUAUUUUUUUCUAUGUAUGUCUAAUCCUAGACAUUUAAAUUUCUGAAUGUAAAACCGAACUGAAAGAAAAGAAGACAAGAGAUUGUAUUCUUCCAUUUUUAUUGUUUCGAUUUCUUUAAGUACGAAUAUUUAUAAACUUUCAACAUAGAAUACAUAUAUUCUAUGCUGAAAUAUUUGAAACAAGUAACGUUCACUUGAAUGCAGUGUAAAUGCAUUUUUCUACAUAUAAAAUUAUCAAAGUAGUCAAAAAUAUGAGAGCAUAGGAGAGGUGUGCGUAAUAUCUUAUAAAAAUUACCCAAAUUUAUAACGAUACAUUUUGUGUCUUUAAUUAACUGAGUAGAACUAAAUGAAGUAAGUAAACAUUUUUUCCCUUAUAUUACGUACUUUUUUAAAAAAAUCUGUCGUUUUAACUGCUCUGAUAAAAAUAGGUCGUUAAUUAUCGAUUAGUUCUAGUGUUAAACGGUCGUUGUAAACUAGACUAGAGAAAGAGAGAGAGAGAGAAUCGAAGAUUUCCUCGUUUUUCUGACAUGUUAUAUUAUCACGAAUUUUGAAAAUACCCGUCGAUCAUCGCCAAUAUGAGAACCUCGUGUUUCUUGUUGAGAUAUACUUUGGACCAUCCGGUAUGCAUUACAAUUUAUUUUACAACGAAAUAUGUGCAAAGGAAAAAGAAAGAAAGAAAAGAGAAAGAGAGAGAAGGAGAAAGAGAGAGAGACAGAAAGAGAAAGAAAUACCGCGCCAGUUCGAUGGAGAUUGCUGCUAAUUUUAAUCGUACAUUUUCCAGCUGUCCGAUCUUUCAAUUGCCGACUGUAUUUCCGGAUAAUUGGAUCGCUACAGCGUGUUCCAGAUUCAUCGCGCGAGAGGAAGCCCGAUCAAUCUGUGCGGCGCUACGUAAUCUACAUUUACGGAAACUCGCGUGGCGUUCUUGUGUUUAAUGAGACGUUGAGUGCUUAGUCCGGCCAUAGAGAGGGUGUUCCGUUUAAUCUCGCGCUUCUUAUUUCACGACGGUAGCGAAAAAUCGCGCCCGUACAGUUCUCCGCAGUGUUGAAUGAAUAAAUGAAUAAAUGUAGAUGUUAUAUCACACACGAAGGUAGCCCGAACGACAGACGCGAUUGGUGGACCAGCUUUUAACGACGAUAAGCGACAGAAAUAGCGGCGCAUUCGAUCGAAACGGACAUCUCGUGCAAGAUAUUAAUUUGUCGCGGUCUCGUAUAAGUGUUAUUGAUUAAAUUUAAUUUAAUUCAAUUUAAUUUAACUUAUUAAUUCACUUUGGAUAGCUACGAAUUUAUAAAUACAUUGGAAGUAUAUCGUAAUAUCAGAAGCGGGAAGAAGAUAUUCCAAUUAUUUUACAAUUUGAAAGUCUAUCAUAUAAAAUUAUAAUGGAGGACGUCUAUACUUUUUACGUGCAUAAAUCGUAAAGGUUUGUAGGACAGAAGAUGAAGGAUUCGUCCUGCAAUCACGUAGUAUAUUCAACGAAUGAGAGUCCAAUUCUCAGUUGGUAUCCAAAUGCAAUACUUAUAUCAAUUGGAUAAUCGAAAGUUCAUUUCGCAUUUAGCGUUAAAUAGACUCGUCGAUAGGGAACAUUAUUAUUCUUCCUGUUUUUAAUAUCAUACAUCGAAAGUUUCAUUUUGGUGAUAAAAUGAGUUUUGCACUCGACGUCAAUGAACACACUAUGUGGGUCAGAAUUUGCCAUAAUCUUAAAUAUUCUGUACUUGCAGUUUCGAACAUUCUGCGCUUAAAAUGAAACGAUCGUAGCUAUAACCAUACAAAGUGGCGAUCACUCUCGUCAGCUGUAUGCUUGAAGUGGACGUAGGCAAAAUUCUUGCCGAGAUUGGACAGCUUCUCUUUAACUAAGGCCGGUAUUCAUAGUCGGAUCUUAUAUUUAAGACCGUCUUAAAUUCUCCUUCAGAUACUCCGUAGCCAAUAAUCUGUACAUCAUCUGAAGAUGAACUUAAGACGGUCUUAAAUAUAAGAUCCGACUAUAAAUACCGACCUGAGAAUUACUUCACCACGGAUCCAAAGAGUUGACGUUGACGAGCUCGUCCAAAUCCGCAUCAAUGAUACCUUGCGACUGGAGACAUGAAUGGCGUUCGUUUCGCCAUGUAAUACAAUAUAAAAAUGUCGAAGCCGUCCUGACGAUAUGAUGGACAUUGCACUUGUCACAUCCAAAGUGAACGAUUAGACAUAAAAGAUGUUCACUUGGUAACAAUUAAUUAAGAUUUCUGAUCAGUCAGCCGAGAACUCCGCAUUGAUGGUGACGACAUGAUUAUCCAGACAGCACAGAUCUCCAGAGGAUGUCCUGGAGACGUUUUCAGGACGUAGGGACGUUCUCAGAAUGUCCUUAGGAUGCCUGUGGAGAUUAGUGCUGUUUGGAUAUUAAGGGUAAAAUGAUGAGCAAACUAUUGCGUUCUAAAACAUCUUUUUUGAGGAAAAUUUUACUCAAUAUCUAUAGUUCACAUUACAUAUACUAUAGAAUAUCAAGUAAAAUUUCCUUAAAAAAGACGUUUUAGAGAAUGUAACCUCGGUGUAUAAAAUGCAGACCACUGCGAUAAGUUAGAGUGAAGGAAGGUAUACUUGUCUCUCUCUAACUUAUUGCACUAACGCAAAAUUCAUCGAAAACAAAUGGACCUAAUGAUGUAAACAGACGAUCCAUUUUUUUCUACGAACUACAACGUUAUUACUCAGUGUAGUGCGUGCAUGUCACAUGUGAUACAAUUAUGGAAAUAUAGGGAUGCUCCGGAUGCCUAUUGUGAUAUUUAAUGCAUGUAAGUAGUUAUUCAGUCGACACAGCUAAUUUUCUGUCAAAACAGGCGAUUUGUCAUAUUUAUUUUACGAUUACGUAAUAAGUUAUUUCGGAAAAAGAGGAAUAUUCGGGGAAUUUCACAAGUAGAACAGAUUGCAAGUGUUAUUUGAAUGAUAUAUCUUUUUAUUUAGCUAUAGUUCGCAGGAAUUCUGGACAUGGUUUUCCUCACUUCUGACAUCAACAAUCCAAUAUAGCCGCAAUGACUGAUCAGGAGUCUUAAUAUAAUUAAAAUUGAGGACUGUUAAUAAUAUUUCACGAUGACUAUUAUACAACGUCCUUCGAUUUGCAUGUAUUAUGGAAAUACGUUUGAGACCAAAAACGAACAUAAUUUAUGGUUAGAUUAUUGUUACUGUGUGUGCAAUUAUUUUUUCUCUCAAUGUAUAUAUGGACCCAACGACGUAACUAUUUUUUCUUUCAAACUUGGAAGAAAAAUGAUUUUUCGUACUUUUGCUAAUACCUCCGAAACCAACGAAUGUGUGCUUCGACCAGAUUUUCCGCUAUUUCCACCGUUCAUCGUCGUUCGAGAUUAAUCGCGCGUUAAGUAAACACGAGAGGCUGCAUGCGAUGUUCUGUCUUUUGACUCCUAUUUCCAGUAACAUUUCAUUGUUUAGCCUGCGUGAGAGGUCAUCGGUUUGCUCUUGAUAUUUUUAUUUCCUUUUUCGAAAACCAACGCGACUUGUGGAUUACACUUCUGGAUGAAAAAAUUGCGCGUCGUCGCGACGAAACUGGUCCCGAACGAAGCGAUGCGGCGAAUGUAUUAUAUUGUAAUUAGCGAUGGAUGUACCUUCUCAAGGAGUCUUAUAUAAGCCAUUGUGUAAGGUUGUAUUAGACGUAAUGUUACGAUUCCGGAAAUAUGUACCUAAGUCUUACUCGUAAAUGCCGCGCGGCCAAAUCCAAAUGUAAUUAUAUUCAUUGUGAUUCAAUAUAAUCUAUGUAAUAUACUGAAAUAAAACUGUCUAUACUAA